AUGAAGCACCAGCUGGAGAGUCGGCUGACCGAGGUUCUCUCAUGCCUGAGCAGCCGCUGCAUGGAAAGCCCCACCAUCCAGUUCCAGCCUGUGCCGCUGCAAGGCAGCAAGGCAGCGUCAAAGAAGGCAUCCGGAUCUUCCUGUCCUCCGCCGGCCUUUUUGCUGAAUGCGGAGGCCCCAAUUCUGCAGGAGACCUUCCAGCACAACGGAAUGAUUCCGACUCUUUGCAGCGACUACGUGAUCCAGUGGUCGGGCCCAAAUAUUCGGGAUGCCGUGUAUCAGAGCAUGAUGGAGUGGCAAAGAAUCAACCACUUCCCAGGCUCUACGGAGCUGACACGGAAAGACCGGUUGUGGAUGCACUUUGCGCAGAUGGCAAAGAGUUACGGCAAGGGGUGCUUCGACUUUGUCCCGGAGACGUACGUUCUCCCGGACCAGUUCGACUCCUUCUUGACUUGCUAUCAGCGAUCAAGGUGCACUUGGAUCGUGAAGCCCAACGCCUCCUCCCGGGGCAGAGGCAUCUUCUUGCUGAGCGACCUCUCCGAGCUCCCGCUGGACGAGACGGUGGUUGUGUCCCGGUACAUUGACGACCCACUUCUCAUUCAGGGCUUCAAGUUUGACCUCCGGGUCUAUGUCUUGGUGACGUCCUACGACCCCUUGAAGGCCUACAUCUACCGGGAGGGUUUGACUAGGUUCGCCUCAGCGCCCUACAGCACCAAGGGCGAACACAUCCAGGAUGCCUUCCGACACCUCACGAACUACUCCAUCAACAAGAACUCCGAGUCCUUCGUCGAGAACAGCGACAUGCGAGCAGACAACGUGGGCCACAAAUGGAGUCUCUCAGCCCUGAACAAGCACUUGCGCUGCGUGGGGGUGGAUGUGAAUUUGAUGUGGGCCCGGAUCAACGACCUGAUCGUGAAGACCCUGCUCUCCGUGGAGCCCUCCAUUAGCAGCCGGACUCGGCAAGUCACAGGCAGCCGGGAGAACUGCUUCGAGCUCUACGGCUUCGAUGUCUUGGUGGACAACGACUUGAAGCCUUGGCUGCUGGAGGUGAACUUGAGCCCCAGCAUGCAAGCUGAGUCGCCCUUGGACUGGCAGAUCAAGAGCUCCUUGUUGGCGGAUACCUUCAACAUCGUGGGAGUUUGCUCCAAUGAGCGGCCUGCGCCAAAGCCGAACGACCGGAUGCGGGCCUCUUACUCCCAGCCCUGGAAGGCAGCAGCGAGCCCCAAGAAAGAGGAUUUCCCGGUGGAUGAGACUCACGCGCCUUUGGUGCUGAACGUUCUCUCGGACGCCAAUCUCAAGAUGCUGGCGAAGGCGGUCGGCGAGCGCAGCAGGUGCAGAAACUUUGUGCCCCUGUACCCGACCCGAGCGGCUGUCAAGCGCUACGGCAUCAUUACAGAGGCCCGAGCGCAGCAACUGGCGGUGCCGCGCAUGGGCCCGCUGACAGGGGCCAAUCGCUGUGUCUCGCAGUCCCAGAUGCUGGCCUCGAUGCUCUACGGGCCCUUUCCACGAAGGUCAGCCAUUGAGGUCCGGAAUGUGGGUGCGCCUUUGGAGGUUUCCAGCCAGAUCUUGGACGAGAAUUUGGCGGAGACCCCUGAGAAUCGCGACACCAGUCCCGUCAGCUUGGUGCCGGACUUGGACAGUGUGCUGCAAGCCUCAAGCCCAAUAUCUUUCAAGGACUGCCCUGGCCCGCCUUCUUCGCCAAGCCCCUGCCCAAGGUGGUGGAUCCUGCGCUGA